AUGGCGCUGGCGCUGGGGGCGCGCAGGUGGCGGGGGCUGCCGGGGCUGCUGCGGGCGGCAGCAGCGCGGCCCGGCCUGAGCAGCUUGGGAGCCCCGCACAGCGCCUCUGUGGCCGCCUCGCCCCUUGCAGGAGCAGCAGCAGCAGCAGGCGGCGGCGGCGCCCGGCCCGAGAAGCCGCUGGAGGAGGAGCCGCUGCGCCACGCCGACUUCUUCCGCGUGCGGGAGCUCUUCUCGCGGCGGGACCUGCUGGACGCGCGAGUGCACCUGGGCCACAAGAAGGGCGGCCGCCACAGGUUCAUGGAGCCCUACAUUUUCGGCUGCCGCUUGGAUCACGACAUCAUUGAUCUGGACCAGACGAUGGAGCACCUCCAGCUGGCCCUCAACUUCACGGCUCAUGUGGCUUACCGCAAAGGCAUCAUCCUCUUUGUCAGCCGCCAGCGGCAGUUUGCUCAUUUGGUGGAGACCACAGCUCAGGAGUGCGGGGAGUACGCCCACACACGCUACUGGCAGGGGGGCUUGCUGACCAAUGCUGAGGUCCAGUAUGGACUGGGCAUCCGCCUGCCAGAUCUUAUCAUCUUCAUCAACACUCUCAACAACGUCUUUGAGCCACACCUGGCAGUCCGAGAUGCCGCCAAGAUGAACAUCCCGACUGUAGGGGUGGUGGACACAAACUGCAACCCCUGCCUCCUCACAUACCCUAUUCCAGGCAAUGACGAUAGCCCGGUGGCCGUGGAGCUAUACCUCAAGCUCUUCAAGAGAACCAUCAUCCGGGCCAAGGACAAACGGAGACAAACCGAGGCUUUCUGCGGCCUGCAGACCUCACCUGCCAGGGAUCUGAGUCCCCAUCCUGAAAUGCUUCCAGGCACAACCUUUGGCUGAGGAGCUGGUUGUGAGCAAGGCUUCCCAUCAAGUGUGGGUCGUUCUUUUUUUUAAAAAGCGUGGGUCGCGUUUGGGUCAGAGGGGAGAAGCUGAGGAGCGUUUCAAGAACUGUUUCUGAAAUGCUUUGCAGAAACCCCCCCUUGCCCCUCCACUUUCCAUGCAUUUGUCCAGCCCCUUUUCAUGGUUUCUUGCUUUGCAUUCCUUAAUGAGCAAUUAAAAACAUGUUUGUUGCACACACAA